GUGGGGUGCCUUUGUAUGUUUGUAUUGUCUGUUUCUUAGGAGAUCAAAGUAUCUGAGGUUCUUUGAGGUUCUUUUAACUCAGCUGGUGAGGACAAGCAGAGCACUAUGGACAGCAGCAACUCAAGCAGAAUCAACCAGACAGAUUAUGACUAUAAAAAUUUGUAUAUAGUUUUUUGUCUGCAAUGUUUUAAUGAGCUGAAGAAUUCUAUGACAGAGAUUUCUCUGGUCUUCUACUACCUGACCUUGAUCAUAGGCAUUCCUGGAAAUGCAUUUGUCAUGUAUGUUGCUGGAUUGAAGAUGAAGAGGACUGUUAAUACAGUAGGGUUUCUCAAUCUAGCGAUUGCUGACCUCUUGUGCUGUCUUUCCACUAUUCAUCAUAUUACCAAGAAAGCUUUUGAUUACUGGCCAUACGGAUCCAUAAUGUGCAAAAUAUUCCCCUUCAUUAUGCUCAUCACCAUGUUUGCCAGCGUUUUCACACUGAGCUUGAUUAGUCUGGAUCGGUUUACUCUGGUGAUCACACCGGUUUGGGCUCAGAAUCAUCGCAGCUUGUUCAUCGCACGACUGGCCUGUGUAUCGGCUUGGAUUCUGGCUUCAAUUCUCAGUCUGCCUUUUAUGAUGUUAACCAAGUUUUACACAAAAAACAAUGGCACAUACUGCCUGUUUCAUAAAUUUGAUGAAUAUAGUGUAAUAUUGUAUGGAAGGCUAACCAUCAUCAGAUUUGUGUUUGGCUUUUUGGUUCCUCUCAUAUGCAUCACAACAUGUUACGGAUUCAUCGCACACAAGUUAGGCAGGAGUCAUUUUCACUCUGGACGAACAUUUCGCAUCAUGUUUGCUGUAAUUGUGGCCUUUUUUCUGUGCUGGUUGCCAUAUCACAUUUUACAUUUGAUAAUAGUGUACGGAAAGAUAUCCAGUUUGUAUGUGGUUUCAGGAGUGUAUCCGUUCUCCGUCUCUUUGGCGUAUUUCAACAGCUGUCUGAACCCCAUUCUGUAUGUUUUCAUGGGGCAGGAUUUUAAGAGCAAUGUUAAACUUUCUCUAAGACGUGUUUUUGAAAGAGUUUUCUCUGAGGAGGGAACACAAGCAUCACGAUCCACACAGCCACAACACACACACUCAGUGUAGUGAAGAUAUUAGAACAUUUAUACAGAGGUUUCUGAUUUAUUUUUUAACUAUAUUAACUAUUCUAUUUUAACUAUUAUCUAUUUUCUAAAUUCAUCAACUCAAAGUCAUCUAACUCUUAUUCAUCAUUCCUGUGUGUUUCUCUCUGUAUUGUUGAUGUAUUUUCAGUGAUUGGUGAUUUGUGAACUAUCGUCAAAGCUUAACAUCACAGUGAUUGAAUACUGAUGCUUGAUUCACUUUUUGGUUGCUAUCAGCUUAGAAAAAGCUUAUAAUAUUUAAUCAAUAAUGGCAUUUGGUUUCUAUGCUGAAUUCAUGAAGAAGAAAAAAAUAUAUUUAAAGCUGGCAAUUGUGAAUAUAUCAAAAACAGCUUUUAAUUUUCUCUGUUUUAUCUCAGUGCAUUAGUCAUUUUGGUGUUUUUCUACUUUAGUGUUAUGGAGUUAUGGAGUUGAUUACUCAGAAGCAAAGUGAAUGAUGUAUAAACACUGUUUUAAAUAUAUGCAAAAAGUACAAUUGUAUCAUUACUGUAAUGUUCACUGAACCUUCAAUUCGCUUGUAAUUUUUUUUUUUUUUUUUUUUUUUUAAUUGAAAAUGAGGACACGUUUGGAGGCUGCAACAAAACAACUUCCUCCUUUUCAUUACGACAGAAAAGUGAACAGGAGACACGUGUUAAAUUAAAUGACAGAUAACAGAUUUUAAGAUUCCAAAUACUUUGCUGUAAAUGUAUAUGAACAUUACAUCAGUGUGACACACAUUUACUGGCAUUUACUAAAACCAGCAACUGCUAAGAAACUUAACAAGAAGUUCCUCUUUUUCCUUUUUUAUUCAGGAGAAACUUGUCAAAUAAAUGAAAGAUGACGGACUUAAAGGUCUGCAUGCCAAAUGCAUUAUCAAAUAAAAUAAAU